CAUUAGAAAAAUACAUGCUUCUAGUUUUACCAGCCAAGUUCGAAACUGUCAAACGGCCAAGUUGGGGCGUGCGAUCUCCACAACUUUCUGCUUGGUUUCUGUUAUAGUUUCUGUUUUUGUCUCGAAGCGGCAAGUUUCAUGAGUACAUUGUGUGUGUGUGGGCCUCCGGCGACUUUAAGAUGUCCAUCUUAACUAAAGUAGCAGUUUGGCGCUACUGCUAAUACCGCACAGAAAAGCCUAACUGGCGCAAAAGCGUGAUAUGGCUGCAGUGCCUAUGUCAGCAUCCGUAUCGGCUGAGCCUCUCAAGACGAGAAGCAGAACAGUGAGAGCUGCAGUACCCUUUUCACCCGACGUCAAAUUAUCGUCGAGAAGGAAAAAGAAAAAGCCAGCCAACAAGGAGCCGAACUGUUGCAACAAGUGUGGAAUUGUUGUGAGAGGUUCGACAAGAGUUCUUUGUCCUGCAUGCGACCAGUCAUCCUUGGACGUUAGACAUAAGGAAGCACAAAACAACCAGACAUUUGAGGAGGAGAAGAAGAAAUAUUUGGAUGAGGCAAAGUCAUUUGCAGCGAACCUUGCCAAGAAAUUUGAUGACGUAAAUGCUGAGCGUCUUUUUUGCCCGGUGUUCAAGCCACCUCGGGGAUCCUGUGCUUGUAUCCAGAAGUAUCUCAGUGGUGAUGGCUCAGACCAGAGAGUUCGCAGUCUGCUACAGCUUCUGCAGGAAGCCAAGAAACUGUCGCAGCAAAAGUGCUACAAUUGGGAAGAAGUCAAGCGCGUUGGCAAAAGCCAUGCAGUGGGCAUGGGCAAUGGUCAAAAGCACAGCGAGUCCUUCGAACUGUUCGUGAAUGAGCAUCGGCCUCGGUUACGAGAGAUAAAGCUAUGUGAACGAGCAACACAGAGGGUGCUCUUCUAUUCCAACAACUUUCUCCACCGUUACCUCAAGACGGAGCCAAGUAAAGGCCGACGAAUUCAACGGACCAAGGGCAAAGCAGCUCUUGGAAAGCUCAAGAGCCUAGAAGAACUAGCCGAGGAAAAGUGCUGCCAGCAGAGGUGUGUAGGACUUGCUCAGCGAUACGCGACGCUGGUCAGUCAGUGGCGGGAGCGGUCGCAGAUGGGCCAGACUGAGAAUCGCCGUGUCCUCGCCGAGAUGCUGACUCCCAGCGGACCAAACUCGACAAACUGCUACAAGUUUAUCUCCUGGGUGACAGGCUGCAGCUUCACGACAAUAGCCAAAGUCAGCAAGCAGAUGUUAGCCACUGGAGGGGAUCGCGAACCUCCGCCGCACAAGCUGAAGAAGUUCUGGGACGCUAAAAACAGCUCGCAAGAAGAGAGCAUCCAGAACGAAACAUUGUGAAGUGCCAUGUUGCUUUCAUUCUCUAUAUUUAUCUCUCUUUUGUCAGAUAUCACUGUUUUAAUUGCUGUUCAGCACUCAUGUAGAGUUUGCCAGAUAUGACAUGCAUGAUACACAUUUCGUAUGUUGGCAAUCAUUAUAUGACAUGGCAUUAUAGUCAUCAGUGUGAAUGGCAUGUUCUGUGAGGGUGAAACCAAAUAACUGCUGUUUACUGUUUGCCCGAUGCAAAAAAUGGUGGUUGUUUUGUAAGGAGCUGUUGUAGAUUCAUUUAUAAAUGAAAUGAAAUCGGUGAAAGAAAUGGGGAUGACUUGAAAGCAGAGUGUCAUGGCAGUCUGGUAUCAUCUCCUUGUUCUACCUUUGUGCCGUUUCUCUAUAUUGCUUGUGCUCCCUUUUUAUUCUACAAACUAAGACCAUUCGUAGUUAGUUGUGCACUUUAUUAUUCCUUUUAAGCUCAUGAAGGUAAAACGAUAUGAUCAGUUCUGCAUUACACUGUAUGUUUCUCAUCAUCACUGUACAGUGAAACCCCAUUGCAAUAAUAAUGCAUAUACACUUAUUGGCCUUUUUCACAAGAGCUCAUGCCCCACAUUGUGGUGGAAAACAAUGCCUCAUCAAUUCAUCUGAAUGGUAAAGCAUCUUUUGUGCUCAUGGCAUCCAGCGAGGAGCAACAAUCUUUUGCUGGGUGGGGUAGUAAAUGCUGAUGCAGGCACAUGCUAAAUAUGUGAAGACAAUGUGCCUCGCCAAUUAGAUCCUGUGUGUUUUGUUUUUCAUCAGUUCAAGCAUAUGCACCGCCAGUUGCUGGCUUGAUUUUCCAUUUGAGGGCAACGUGUGCUCCGUGCAAGGGGCUUUGUGCAAGUGCUCUUUGCAUGCAGGAGGAAAUGUUGCUAAUUUAUGCAAAUCCGAGGCACUCUUCCAUCAAAGAUAGCAAAGCUGUAUAAGGUGUUCUCACACCUUUCAGAAUAGUCAUAGGGGUCUGGCUUGCCACUGCCCAAAAUCUACCCAAGAUUUCUAGAUGCUUCACUAUAGCGCUGCUUUUAGCACUCACUUCUAUAAUCUCCUGUAUAUUGUGCAGGCUAUACUGACGCCAGAGUAUCCAGCAGUGCGUUCUGACAGCCUGGUCAUACGGCCACUUUGAGGUGGUUAAGUCGGCUGCAUCACUGGCUGUUCUCACUGACCAUUCGUCACUGACGCUGCCAUCCAGGAAGGGUAUUCUGUAAGUGUCCACCUAGUGGUCUGUCCAUUUUGGUUGCCGCUAAUUGGCUGCAGCUGAACCAGUGAGGAGGAAAUUGGUUUGGAGUGCCUGUUUCUCUCCCGCUGGUACUCCAACCCAGCCAAUCAGCAUUUCAGCAGCAGGUGAAAUGGAGAUGUCCACUAGGUGGACACUUACAGAAUGCCUGCCCCAGCUGCACAUUGUAAUUCCCUGGUCAUGCGGCCACUACGGUACUCUGACAUAGGCUGCAUUACUGUUUGUUCUCUGGCUGACAUCCCAUACCAACCAUGCCACGGGCCAGUGCCACCAUUGCCACAGGAAACCAUUAGGGAACAGCUUCGCACGUCAAAGGCCGAUUGGAAUUUAACAUCCUAAGGCUGCACUGGACCAAGAAAAGUGUCAUGUUUGGGUGUUCCAGGUUAUUGUUUAGACCCUGGUUUUAGAGUGCAGCUCUUAGGCACCCAUUUCUUCAACGUGCGUCGGCGUUCCCGGCAUAACUGAGCAAACGAGCACCACGAAAGGUGAGAGCGAGCGCGACGCGCAUUGGGGGAUGAAAAAAGCUACAAGAGCGAAAAGGCACGAGGAGGAAAGUGGAGAGGAGGGUGCAGCAGAACCAUGAGGCAGAAAGCAGAGGAGGGUACGGCGAAAGCAUGAGAAAAAAACUAGUGCGGCGACGAUGCCUACGAGAUGGCGCCAGGGUAUCGUGUAGUAGGUCUGGCGGCAGUGGUUUCUGUGAAUUGCGGCCAUGCUUCACCUACGCGCUGGCUCUCGCGAUCUCCAGAUUAGCGAGGCAGUCGCGCUACUCUUCGCUUCAUUUACAAUGCGCCGCACAAGACCGAUUGUCCGCCGUGCCAGCCAAUAUGUCACGAAAUGAAAACAUGUAUAGAGCUGGGCUCAAAUUUCACAUUAGGGAGUAUCGUAAUCGUCGGUGAAUUUUUUUCUUUACCAGGCUCUCAAAUUUAACUACAUGAGCAUUCCUCCCCCCCUCCCCCCCUUGGAUUCCAGGAGCCAUGGCGAGGAUUUGAACCAGUGGCCUUGGCAUAACACAAAAAUGCAGAAGUACUGAGCCAAUGUGAUGGGUCCCUUUACAGUAACUCAGUGCAUAUUUCACAAUGAUGCUCGUAAAGAAAUUUCUGUGGUAAUGAAGGGAACACUACAUGGAUGGAGCCUCUGUACAUGUGUUACUCCAGCAACUAUUCUGGCAGUGUUUAGUAGUGUGUCUUGUUUCUUGUAACAGAUGCUGAAUCAGCGCAGCCUCUGUGUGCAAUAGUUCCGCAUUUGCGCAAACAUAGAAGAGAAAAACAAUAAAAUUGAGUCAUAUUUAACACUCCGUGGUGUACUCCAUUUUGUUUUUCCAUUGUAAAUAAGAUGUUUAUGAUGAUUCUUUCCCAGCCUAAACUAAUGCGGAUGAGAAUGUGGGAAUUUUUUUCCAGUGUGCUCUUAUUUGCAUGCACUAUGCAUAAAAGGUUGUCUGCAAGUAAGUGCAGAUCCUUCAUCUGAACACCAUAGGGAGUGCAUGAGCUUGCAAGUGUCGGGAAUGAGUGCUGAACAAGGCUACAAUUUAUGGUCAUUGAAAACGCACAAUCAAGUGCUUGCAGUUGCAAUAUACUUUUAUGAAGUGCAGUAUUCUUGAAAAGAAAGGAAGUGUAUUGCCAUUGUAUAUUUACUUUUUGACAACACUGAUCUAUGGGUCCAGGAGUUAGAGGCUAACAAAGAAGCUUUUGCGCAAAUAAAACAAUUGGAAAAUAUGUUACUCAGUGUCAGCUUUUGCUGUUCUCAGAGUCACACCUUGUUAUUCCAAAGUCUCAUCGAACACUUCAUUAUAUCCAAUAUUUGUUAUAAGCAUACACACUGAUACUGGCGUGAAAAAAUAUUGCAAUCGGAUGUAUGCAAAACAAACUUGAGUGGCGUGCUUCCAUAGGGGCUACAAAGGGUUUUCUGUGGAUAUUUACAGCCUGAUGGUGGCUUGCCGUACCAAUAAGUGGCACAUGAACCUUGCUAAAUUGCAAACACGCGUUGCGGCAUCGUUAAUACACAUCCAUGCAAUUGGUGUGUUCACAUGAAAUCGGCACAUUGGCUUGCCAGCUGUGACCCAGCCAAGCUGCUGGUCAAGAGCACAUGGGCAUCCUGAAUGCGCUGUUUCAAGUUGCUCUUGCCAAGUGUUUGACUUUUUUGCUACAGGAGUGCAUGUUUAGAGCUGCCAAGCAAACAAAUAUUUGCUUUGCUGUCGCCAUUAUUGUCUCCAAUGCUGCAUUUUUUCACUUUUAUUAUAGUAGUAAAGCACUCAUUCAAAUAGAACCUGGCCAACAAAAUUUUAGAUUUAGUUCAUUAUAUCCAAUAUUCUGUGACAUUUGUGUUUGUUAUAUCAAGGUUCAACUGGGCAUUGGAGAGUGACGAGGGUUUGUUGUACACAUUGUGGCACUUAAUUCACCUUUAGAAAGGGCUUUUUAUUUACAAUCGAACCUUGUUUUAUCGAAGUCGCGUUGGACACGAAAAUACAUUUUUUAUAUCUAAUAUUCAAUUUAACCAUAUAUUUGUUACAUACUGUUACUACAACAAAAUAUUGAUUUACAUAAUUAGAUCUGUGUUCAUAAUGUCGAGGUUUGUCUGUAUUUUAUUUAUUUUAUUGUUGCUGUCUCACUGUGAGACAUCACAGAAGUUGGUACAAGAAAACGUGCAUAAUUGAAUGAGAAAUUAAAAUUUAUAUAAUUCGAGUAGCAUGACGUACAGACUAUUCACAGUAUACAUACCGAAUGAAGAAAAUUGCAGAGCAUUGUAGAAUAACAAAACUAGUGGUUUAUGUUUUUGAAUAGAUCCUUUCAUCGCUUGCUUUCUUUAUUUUGGUGCCAGAUUGUAGGGGGCUUCGUUAAAUUAGCACUGCAUGUCACAAAUGCAGCUUAUUUUCCUUUCCCCACUUUCUAUAGUAUUCAGAACUGUUACUUAAAUAUUAUGCUGGAACUUGUUUGUGUAAAUUUACUA